AUGGAUAUUGAAGCUUUGAAGGAGCAAUGGAGUGAAGUGGAGGAUCGUGAUGGAGUUCGACUCAGUUGGAAUGUUUUCCCAAGCUCUCGCAUGGAAGCCUCGAGGCUUGUUGUCCCUAUCGGCGCACUCUAUACACCUCUUAAAGAGAAGCCGGAUACACCACUCUUACAAUUUGAGCCAGUUAUCUGCAAGCAGCCAUGUAGAUCAGUGCUGAACCCUUUCUGUCAAGUGGAUGUCAGAGCACGUCUUUGGAUCUGCCCAUUCUGCUUAUCUCGAAAUCCUCUCCCACCUCAUUAUAAAGAUAUAAAUCCCAACCAAAUCCCCCCCGAACUUCAUCCUGCAAAUACCACGAUAGAGUACAGACUUUCACGGCCAGCUCCAAGUCCUCCCAUUUUCCUAUAUGUCGUGGACACUUGUCAAGAGGAGGAUAGUCUAUCUGCGCUCAAGGAAUCUCUUGUGAUGAGCUUGAGUCUUUUGCCUGAAAACGCAUUGGUUGGCUUAGUUACAUUUGGAACCAUGGCGCAAGUACACGAAAUUGGCUACACAGAAUGUCCAAAAUCAUAUGUGUUUAGAGGUAGCAAGGACUACACUGCCAAGCAAAUUCAAGAGAUGCUUGGACUUUCGGCAGCUGGAUUGAGGCCUGGAAUGCAACAACCGCAACCUGGUAAACCAAUGCCGCCAAUGGGACCCGCCGCUCGAUUCCUGCUACCUGUUCAACAAUGCGAAUUUCAGCUCACGAAAGCUCUCGAGCAAUUACAAAAGGAUCCAUGGCCCGUCGCAAAUGACAGAAGAAACCUAAGAUGUACCGGUGUGGCUUUGAGCGUAGCAGUUGGAUUGUUAGAGACUUCGUUCCAGAAUGCUGGUGGCCGUAUUAUGCUAUUCGCAGGAGGACCUGCUACCGAAGGUCCAGGUUUAGUGGUUGGUCCUGAACUGAGGGAGCCAAUCAGAUCUCAUCAUGAUAUCGACAGAGAUAAUAUCAAAUAUUAUAAGAAGGCUCUCAAGUUCUACGACAACCUGGCCAAGAGAACAGCACACAACGGUCACAUAAUAGACAUAUUUGCUGGAUGUCUAGACCAAGUCGGUCUCCUUGAAAUGAAGGGCCUCUCAAACUCGACUGGUGGUCAUAUGAUCUUGACAGAUAGUUUCACAUCGUCUAUGUUCAAGCAAUCCUUCGUCCGUGUAUUCGAGAAGGAUGGCGAUGAUAAUCUGCUGAUGGGUUUCAAUGCUUCUUUAGAAGUUUUGACUACCAAAGAAUUGAAGGUAACUGGUUUGAUCGGUCAUGCGGUCUCAUUGAACAAGAAAUCGACUUCUGUAGGAGAAACAGAAUGCGGUAUUGGCAAUACUUGUUCAUGGAAGAUGUGCGGUAUUGAUCCCAAUUCUAGCUACGGAAUAUACUUCGAAAUUGCUGGUCAAGCUGGUCCUGCUCAACACCAAGCCCAGGCAAAGGGAAUGAUGCAAUUCCUUACAUACUAUCAGCAUUCCUCAGGCCAAUUUCACCUCCGCGUGACAACAAUCUCUCGCAACUUGAGUGGACCAGCUGGAGAUCCUGCGAUUGCUCAGUCUUUCGAUCAAGAAGCUGCUGCCGUUUUGAUGUCCAGAAUUGCUGUAUUCAAAGCCGAAGUUGACGAUGGACCAGACGUUUUACGAUGGGUGGAUAGAAUGCUCAUCCGUCUGUGCUCGCGAUUCGCCGAUUAUCGAAAGGAUGAUCCAUCGUCUUUCAGACUUGAGAAGAACUUUACACUUUACCCUCAAUUUAUGUUUCAUCUUAGGAGAAGUCAGUUCUUGCAAGUGUUCAACAACUCACCUGAUGAGACUGCAUUCUAUAGACAUGUACUUAACCAUGAGGACGUCAGCAAUUCCUUAAUCAUGAUACAGCCCACUUUGGACUCGUACACAUUCGACCAAGAUGGUAGUCAACCUGUACUACUUGAUUCUACAUCCAUCCAACCAACUCAUAUUCUUCUUUUGGAUACUUUCUUCCACAUCCUAAUAUUCCACGGAGAGACCGUUGCAGAAUGGAGGAAAGCAGGCUAUCAGGAUCAAGAAGGAUACGAGAAUUUUGCAUCACUUCUAGAACAACCAAAAGAGGAUGCCAGAGAUUUGAUUACCGACCGAUUUCCUUUGCCACGUUUCAUCGUUUGUGAUGCCGGUGGUUCUCAAGCGCGUUUCUUGUUAUCAAAACUGAAUCCAUCUACUACACAUACAACGGGUGCAUACGGCGGAGUGGGAGCUCAAACAGCACAAACGAUCUUUACUGAUGACGUCUCUUUACAAACUUUCAUGGAUCAUCUCAUGAAGUUGGCUGUAAGCGGAACGAAUUGA